AUGAUAACAUUUUUUCUACGGCUAUUGUUCAGUCCGCAACUACUGGUCGUUCCGCGGCUAUUGUUCACGCCGCUGGUUCCUCAUGUUGCUCCGCCUCCUCCUCCUCUCAUGAGCAGCAGUGGUGGUACCGGCUCAAACUAUUCAGGUGGCGAACUGCUUCCACCUCCAUCUCCAGGCCUUGCACUUAGUACUGCAAAGAGUACGUUUACAUACGAGGAGUUGGCACGUGCAACAGAUGGCUUCUCUGAUGCUAACCUCCUUAGACAAGGUGGAUUUGGAUAUGUUCAUAGAGUUAUUCUCCCUAAUGGCAAAGAGGUUGCUGUUAAGCAGCUAAAAGCUGGAAGUGGACAAGGAGAACGCGAAUUUCAAGCUGAAGUUGAGAUUAUUAGCCGUGCUCACCAUAAACAUCUUGUUUCUCUUGUUGGAUACUGCAACACUGGGUUUUAG